AUGAGCUCCACGGAGGGAGUCGUUGACGUGCCCGCGCAGGCCGCUCCCAGCCAGCCUGCGCCACAACCUGAGGGCACCAGCGCAAACACCACAACACAAACACAUCCCGCGCCCACAAAUGAAGCCGCAAGCACCCACGACAAUGCGCCAUCCAACACCGCCGCCGCCGGAGUAUCUACCGGGACGGAACCUGCCGCCCCUCCUCCCAUGUCCAAAAACGCCCUCAAGCGCCUCCGCCGCGCCCAAGAGUGGGAAGACGGCAAAGACGACCGCCGCAAGCGCCGCAAGGAGAAGCGGCAGACGCGGCGCGAGCGCCAGCGCGAGGAGCGCGCCGCCCUCGUCGCGCAGGGCGUGGACCCCAAAUCUCUCGCCCCGCCCCCGCGGCCGCCCUCGGCGCUCGUCCCCGUGGCGCUCAUCGUCGACUGCGACUUCGAGCGCUACAUGACGGACAAGGAGCGCGUGUCGCUCUCCAGCCAGGUGACGCGCUGCUACGCCGACAACCGCGCCGCGCGGUACCGCUCGCACCUCUGGCUCGCGGGCUGGGGCGGCGCCAUCGAGCGCCGCUUCAACGACGUGCUCGGGCGCCAGCAGGACCACUGGAAGGGCGUGGGCUUCGCGCCGGGAGACUUUCUCGCGUGCGCGGAGCUGGCACGUGAAAAGAUGCGCGGUGGCAGUGGUGCGCAGGCGGCUGGUGAGAUGAUACCCGCGUUGCAGCGCAGCGUCGACGAGCCCGUGUCGUGGGACGUCGCCGAGCGGGAGCCCUUCCCGCUGCCGGACCCGGCCCCGCCGCUCGACGAGCGCUACCGCGACGUCGUGUACCUGACGUCCGAGUCGCCAUACACGCUGCAGCGGCUGGAGCCGCACACGAGCUACGUCAUCGGCGGGCUGGUGGACAAGAACCGCGAGAAGGGGCUAUGCUACCGGCGGGCGCGGGAGAAGGGGAUCCGCACCGCGCGGCUGCCCAUCGGCGAGUUCAUGGUCCUCAAGAGCCGGCAGAUCCUCGCCACCAACCACGUCGUCGAGAUUAUGCUCAAGUGGCUCGAGUGCGAGGACUGGGGCGAGGCGUUCAUGGCGGUGAUUCCGAAGCGCAAGGGCGGGAAGCUCAUCGGCGAGGAGGGCGAGGAGGGCGCGUCGGAGCUUGUUGAGGACGAAGACGCAGGCGACGAUGAUGAGGAGGCAGACGACGAAGCAGCAGGAUCUGCCGAGGCUGCCAACACUGGAGAAGUCACUGGCGAAGGUGGGGAAGACGCAAAGAAGGAGACUCAAUGA